GUGUUGCUCCAAGCUUAGUAUAUGCGACAAAUUAAAACCGAUCGACUAGUAUCGUUAAACUAGUCUUUACCAUGCAUGUUCAGAAUAUUGUAAUAAUAUUAAGAUUCACGGCUUGAACUCGUCAAACAACCAUUAACAUAACAUUACUUUACGAACUCGUUUAACAUUGUUCACAAACAAGAGUCCUCCUCUUCCUCAUUUAUAUAAAUUCCUUCAAGAGGAUCGAUGAAAAUCAAUAACCAGGACGUUUUCAUGAAGAAGCCUACAGUCAUCAUGGUGCCCUAUCCAGCACAAGGCCAUGUGACACCCAUGCUUAACCUGGCCUCCGCCUUGAGCCGCCAUGGAUUUUCUCCGGUGGUUGUAACACCGGAGUUCAUUCACAGCACCAUUGCUCACAUAAACGCCGGCAUCACCUGUAAGUCCAUCCCCGACGGUUUGGAGGAGGAGACACCACGUGAUUUCUUCUCCAUUGAGUUUGCAAUGGAGAACAACAUGCCGGAGCAUUUGGAAGGCUUGGUUCGUGAACUUAAUGGUGGAGAUGGUGGCGGAGUUGCAUUCAUGAUUGUGGAUUUAUUGGCGUCAUGGGCAUUGAAAGUUGGCGGCGAUUGUGGUGUUCCGGUGGUCGGAUAUUGGCCGGUUAUGUUUGCUGCUUACCAGCUGAUUGCUGCUAUCCCGGAAAUGCUAUCUCUGGGAAUCAUCUCGGAAACUGGCAUUCCACAAAAUGAAGGUCCGAUAUACUUGGGAUAUGAUCAACCUCCUUUAGGCACACAAGAUUUACCAUGGCUUAUUGGAAAUCUAGUUUCAAGAAAAUCUAGAUUCAAGUUUUGGACAAGAACAUUGGCUAGAACAAGAACGCUUUCACAAAUCCUCGUAAACAGCUUCCCCGAGGAACACCACAUUGAUACUGACUUACAAGAUCAAUCAAUAAAAUACCCAAAUAUCACUCCAAUUGGACCAUUGACACAACAUACUCGUUAUGGAAACCCUCGUUUUUCAAAAGAAGAUAUGAAUUGUUUGGAUUGGUUAGACCAACAAAGUGAUCACUCUGUUGUCUACAUCUCCUUUGGGACUUGGGUUAGCCCGAUUGGUAAAGCAAAGGUGAGAAACCUAGCUAUGGCUUUGGAAUCAUCCAAACAUCCAUUCAUUUGGGUUCUAGGUUCAAAAUGGCGCGAAGGGCUCCCAAAAAACUAUGUGGAGCGAAUGUGGAAUCGAGGAAGAGUGGUCUCUUGGGCCCCACAAAGUGAAGUGUUACGACAUAAAGGAGUUGGGUGUUAUCUAACACAUUGUGGAUGGAACUCCACUAUAGAGGCUAUACAAAGCAAGGUGAGACUAUUGUGUUAUCCGAUUGCAGGAGACCAAUUUGUGAAUUGUGACUACAUUGUUAAGAUUUGGCGAAUUGGGAUUAGAAUGAACGAUUUUGGCGAAGAAAAUGUUCAUAGAAGCUUAGAGAAGGUGAUGGGCGAUAUAGAGAUGGAGGAAAGGCUAGUUAAGAUGAAUCAAAGAGUAUUCGGGACGGAAACUAGUUUAAGGGUGAUUGCUAAUUUGACAAAUUUUGUUGAUGAUUAUAGCAAAGUUACCAAUGAUCAAACUCUAACUAAAGAAAGCUAAGAUGAAAGGUUGCAUAAGGACAAUUGUCAUAAAUUAAGUCAUUUCUACUUUGUGUGGGGAAUAAUAAAGACGAGAUCCAUAAAAUUAAGUCCAUCUUCAACUUCGAAAAUUCAAAUUUAAGCAAUGAAUUCCUUUGUGUAUUUGUAAAGAUUGAUAUAACUUUGUUUUAAAACUCGAAACUUUUAUGUAGUCUUUGGUGCCAAAAUUUUGUUGACUGAUAUUAAGGGCUUAUUAUUAUUAUUUAUUUAUUUAUUUAUUUAUUUAUUUAUUGAAAUCCAUGUAUGAACUUUGACUUACAAAGAAGUCAUGGUAUAUGGACAUAUGGUCAUAGUGUAGGGGUUUAAGAGUCAAUAAUAAAUAGUAUACUGGCUGUUGAUGCAAAGGGUCUGAUCCCCAAUCUCCGCCGAUCAAGUUACAAGCAUCAAAUGGCCGGUGCUGCCGCUGCUAGGUUGUUUAUACGGUCAACUUCUGCCCGUAACGCCGCCGCCAGUCGAUUCUCCUCAGGCGCGAAAACCUCCCCCUUUCGCAUUCAAACCACAAAACCUCUGUCUCAUCGCAUCUUCAGUUGCCCAGCUGAAUUGAGCGUCUGUUUGGAAACGGUGCAACCUUUUCAUGGAGUUACUGCUUCGGCUUUGAUGACUUCCAUGCUCACUCUCUCUCGCCGGACUUGCGGUUGGAUUCCUGAAGGUUCAUAAGAAGAUAGCAAAGAAAUGUGAACCAGAUUGAUGCAAUUUAUGCUUCUGGUAUACGAAAUCAUUAAUGUCAAAUGAGUCUUAAUAGGAUGCUAAUUAUGCUUUGUUAUUCUUAGUUAUUUUCUGUAGUGAAACUCCUGUUGUUAUUUUUAUUGAAACUUCUUUUCGUUUUCUCUUGUGUAAUUGAUGUUUAAAAGAAGAACAUACAUUUUAUUAACUAAUUUUCAUAGUUCCAAAUA